AUAACAAAUCCUACUUAAAUACCAUACGGGCACAUGAAACUGUUAUAACGCGACAGUGCUCGAAGUAACCACGAACGGUUGUACAGGAAAGUCUUGUUUUCACCAUGGAUGCCAAGCUUGCUAUUUUGCUGUCGUCGAUCGCGUGUGUGUUCAAUACCAUUGGCCUGGCUAUCCCAUACUGGCUUGCUGCAUCGAAAUCUGAAGCAGGCCAGUCAGUCAGCGUAAAUAUGGGCCUGUGGUCAGUGUGCGUCGAUGCGGCCGGUCCGGUCUUGACCAUGGACACGUGUUAUGCCUACGAUGAUCCGUAUAUAAACGAUGCGAAUUCUGUCCCCUCGGUCGUUCUGGCGACAAGGUAUAUUGAGAUCGUGGCAUCGUUGAUGAUGUGCACCUCCACAAUAUGGGGGAUCAUCAAGACGGUCUUGCACACACCUACAGCCCUCUACACGAAACCAUCAGGAGUUAAAUGCAUCAUCGCAGGUAUUCUGGCGCUGGUGGGGUGCAUCCUGUUCGCGACUAACAGCGACAUUAAGACGCUAGUGUCCACAGCGGGCUCAGGCUUUCACGAGCAUGCGGGGUUCGCCAUGUGUAUCGUAGCCGGAGUGUUGAGCCUGGUCAGCGGGGUGUUAUACAUGUUGGCUACGAAAGAAACGCCGCAGCAUAAGCAGUUUGCUUGAAAAUCAGUGGCAUUCUGCUGAUUGUACUUUUAAAUGGUUUAUAUAUGUAAAUAGUUGUUUACCUAACAAAAUACGAGUAAAAUGUUUUGUUGGGUUGAUCGAUGUAUAAGAAUGUUCAAUGCCAAUGUUUACAUUGUUCUGUGGAGCCUUUGUAUGUUUAAUUGUGUUAAAGAAUUAUCUCUUUAGGAUUUUUAUUCAAGCAUGUAUGUUUCUUUUAUGUUAAUUGACACAUCAAUUCGAAAAUGGUAUGCCGCUUCAUGUACAUUUGCAACACUUAAAUUAAAAUGGAAACUUAUGAUGAGAUGUACGCAGCUUUUAAAAAAGUUUUGUAUACUGAUCGAGUUGAAAUUGAUAAAUAAAAAUGAUAUUUACCAUUAA